UUCACAUAAUGAUAUGAAACCAGUGCAGCAGGCCUAUUCCACAAACUUUCAUCUUGUACAAUUUGGUCUUUUUUUAAGCCUUUUUGGCAAUUUUCUUGUUUUCUUUCUUUCAGCCCUCAUCUGUUCUACCUCUAUUGUAUGACAAUAUUCCGCUGUCUCGUCGCAGCACUUGUCUUAUUUGCCUUAAUUCUUUUCUGAGUACAAGAUAUUUCAAUAGUGCUCAAACAAGUGAGCAAGGUGUGAUUGAAAAGCCAGAAAAAAAGUUCACCGGAAGUUAUUGUGAUCUACCUCUACCUGUCUAAAAUGUGCCAAAUAUGUUCACCCAAUGACUUGAAAUGAUCGUAACAUGUAACCAGAGAAAUUACAUCUCGUUCAUAAACUUCUAGAACUGUUUCCCCCCCCUCAUGCAUUAUUAUUACUAUUGAUGACUGAUAGUGGUGUCGGAAUUGGGAGGGUACAACCUUUGGGGCCCAAAGGCCCAAUCCGCAUCGGCCCCGUCGACAAAUAUUUUUGGGAUUAAAAAUCACGAGACAAAAGGAAAGAUUCGUCCGCACCCUCUACCCCGGCCAACACAUAUUUUUGGAGGGGGGCCCUCCGUGAAGGUGCUGUAUGGAGGCUCAGAAUCAGGUGCUCCGCCCCUGGUGACUGAUGAUGACUUUUUUUAAAGAUAAAAGGUAGUAAUACACAGUGUACAAUUAAGAUCGAGAACGGUGACGAUCAAACGUUGACGUCACGUCCCUGUGGCUCGUCGUUCCGUUAAUUGGCGAAGAGUACCCGGCUGUCGGCUAUUAAGAUAGUCAGAGGUGGAACGCUGGCCGGUUUUGCAUAGCAGCAGAGGCAGCAGCACACACGCGGAGGCACGUCGGGUGGCCGCGGACAUGGAACGGUCGCUUUCAACUCGUAAUGGCAAUAUCUGUUGGCACUUCUUGAACGGCUCAUGCAGAUAUGGCUCGAGAUGCCAUUAUCGACACGAAUUGCCCGCCACACAACCAUCCCAAAUUUGUCGCUACUUCCAGAAAGGUGCAUGCUGGUAUGGUGAACACUGCAGGUACAUCCAUGUCCCCCAACCUGAAGGUGGUGCAGAUGUUGCAGGCCGAAGACUGUCUGUACCAACGGUCUCAUCCUCCACAUUUUCGUCCUCCACCUCCACUGCGGCCCGAGGUCCAGCUGACCGAAGAGGUUCAGAGACUUCUGCUCUUGCACAGGCUGAUGUGUUGCCAAGGCGGCAACGCAGGACAUCGAGGUCUGUGGAAAACUCUUCAAACGUCACAGAUGCUGGGAACCAGAAUGCUGAGAAGCGAUUACAAGAUGCUCCUUCCCGAAUGUCUGCCAAGAGCUCAGAACAGUGUUGUGCAAGUCUACGUGGAAAAGAGGAAAGCCUUCCAGGUAGCGCGCAAGCCGCGGGUGCAGCUGCAGCCCCAUGCACCGACAGGACUUCGGAGGCAUACCUCCAGAGUCGAGAUGUCACCUGUGGCAUAUGCAUGGACAAGGUGUAUGAGAAGAUGGACCGCAGUAAACGGGUGUUUGGAAUCUUGCCCAACUGCAGUCAUGCCUUCUGCCUGCAGUGCAUCAUGACCUGGAGAAAAACCAGAGACCUCGGGCCUGAUGUUGUCAAGACCUGCCCACAGUGCAGGGUGAGAUCAGCCUUCUAUGUGCCCCACCAAUACUGGGUCGAAGGACAAGCAAAGGAAAGUCUAAUAGCAGACUUUAAAGAGAAAUUCAGUAAGCGAAGCUGCAGUUACUAUGCACGAUACAAACCGUGCCCCUUCGAGACAGAGUGCCUCUACCGACAUGACAGGUCUGCACGCCGCAGAUCAUUCCUGUGUAAUACAGAUGAUGAUGACGACGAUGAUGAUUAUGACGAUGACGAAGACUACGAUGGUCUGCUGAAUUUCUUCAUCGCCAUGACUCUUCUUCGAUCUGACGAUGAUGAUGACGACGACGAUGACGGUGACAACGUUGACAUUCCUUUUUUCCUAGCGGAGUAUGGUUUUUGAUCCCCCUUUCCUCUCCAGUGCAAUUUUCUCCGUGUGGAAAUGGAGAAAAUUGUCACCACAACAAUGUGGCUGUGUUAUGACACGACUGUCCCAUUUCGAUCAGUAGUAAUACUUUUAGAGUAGGUGAGGCUCUGUCGUCCUUUAGCAGGUCAUAUGACUGACCUGCCAUCCCUCAACCAGACAAAAAUUAAACUGAAUUAACCUGUUGUAGUGGACAGCUAGAAUUAAAUGGUGCACAUAGCUCAAAUUACCCUGUGCUAGCUGUAAACUGUCUUAACAGGAUAAAUCAAGCCACAAAUUCGAAGGUCAUAUGUUCCAGCUGUUUUCCUUCCUGCAGCUUUAGUGAUUCAAACAUUGACGCAUUGUACGUUUUUCUCUAUGCCUCUCUAGUAGAGAUUGUACAUUUUUCUCUAUGCCUCUAAUUAGAUUUCUAAGUGCUCAAAACUGAGUGUUACUGAAUUGUUUUAAGUAUUGUGCAGAUGGUCCUUUUUAAAUUGUCUGAAGAUGGUGUACUGUACCCCUACGGUUGAUGUCCAAUCCUGAAUAGUCCUGCCUCAAUGUAACCUGAUGAUACUCUAACCUAUUUUUGACAUAACCAUUGAAAUGUUUUUGUUUUUUUUAAUUUCUUUUAAAACAAGUUAUAUUCGUACACUGAAAAUAAACCUUAUUACACA